UCAUCACAACCAGCUAGUCAAAAUGAAGACCAAAAGCACAGAGAAAAGAAACUGAAAAAAGAGAAGUCUGUUCACGACACAGAUACUCGUAAGCGUGAACCCAAAGAUAGAGGGAAGAGCAAGGAAAGAACAAGAGAGAGAUUUAAAUCGGCUGAAAGAGACAGGGAUAAAAUGAGAGAGAGAGAAACGGGGAAAGAGCACCAGCGAGAAGGAGACAGAGAAAGGUACAAAGAGAAGCUUCAAGAGUUAAGUUCAGAGAAGGAAAGGUACAGUGUACCAAAAGAUAAAUACAGGGAAAGCGAUGGAGAACGAGACAAAAAGCAUAAAAGACAUGACAUAAAGGAAAUAGAUAGGCUAAAUAAUAUGAAGUCAUUUGAGGGAAGAGAAAAAGAACAUCACAGAAGAGAAAGCAGGCAUCCUUUGGGGGAGGAAAAAACAAGAAGUGAAGAGCGAGAAAGAAGACGUGUAGAAAAGAAGGAUAAUGUUACCAAAAAGAGCACUGAGAAGACUUUAGCCUACAAAGCUGAAGAAGGUGAACAUGUAAACAAGUUACAGAAAGAUCAAGAGUUGGAUGAGGGAGAAAGAAGACACAGAGGAAAAAGAGAACAUUCUGUUAGGCCAGGAAAAGAGAGGCUUUCAGAAGAGAGAAGUCAUAAACUUUAUGAAAAGGAAGCAGAAGAAAAACAUAAAUCAAAGAGAUCUAAAGAGGGAUCUUCCCAUGGAGACAGAGAAGGGCAACCAGCAGAAGCUAAUGAGAGAUUAAAAAGUAAAGAAAAUGAAAGAAAGAAGCAUGAUCUAAGGAACAGUGAAUACAAAAAGGAGGAGAGAAUUCAAGAAGAAAUGAGCCAUCGGCAUGUAAGGAUUGUAAAAGAUAAAGGAAAACUCAUUGAAAAGGAGGAAAGGGACACAAAUCAAGAGGAAGUGAAAGAUACACACAUCUUUGAUUCAGAUGUAGGAUUUGAUAACUUUUCGGCAAAUUAUGAAGAUGAUUUUGAAGAUUACGAAGAUGAUUUUGAUGAUGAUGAAGACAACAGUGGUGAAGCAAAAGGUGCAGGAGAAAACCUGAGAGAUGUUCCACUUUCUAAAAGGACAUCGGAAAUCGAAGAAAUUCAAAGAGCAAUUAGUGCAGAAAAUGAUAGAAUUUGUACUUUGCUGCCAAAGAAAAUUGAAAAUGAAAAAAAGGAACCAGUCGUGGAAAGGCAAUACCCUUCUGCCAGAAGCUCUUUUUGUGGAAUAUUCAUGGAUUUUCAAAUGGCAAACCAACGACAAAGUAGCCGAAGUAUGGCUAGUAAGCAGAAAAAACGGAGUUCAGAACUUCUCCCACUAAUAGAUCUGGACUUCUCAGUUAGUUUUUCUUUAUUGGAUUUGCCUCCUGUAAAUGAGUACGACAUGUAUAUCAGGAGUUUUGGUAAAAUGAACACUAAACAGGCAUAUGUCCAGUGUAAUGAGGACAAUCUUGAGAGAGACGUUCAGACUGAGGAAGUUGAGACAUUGGAGAAAUGGACACAGCAUCCAGGAGAAAGUGCCCUUGUAUCUGGAGGUGAAGAACAUUUUACUCUAACACCUAAAAUUGAUUCACAGAGAUUAACAAAUUUCCUCCGGUCUGCUUGCCAGGUGAUCGCUGUUUUGCUAGAGGAAGAUCAAGUUGCAACACAACCCAAGUGGAAACCAGGAUCUCGACAAACCAGUCUGUCUAUUAGUGAUAGCAGUUUCCAGUUAAAUACUAACCAGCCAUUCCUCCAUGACCGAAAAAUAUCCUGCCUCUGUGUGCCUCAAGUUCAGAGGCAGACACUACUUUCUGUUCAUGGAUUACCUGAAAAGGCAGGUGUUGAUUUACUGAACAGAAAAAGCAUCAUAUGUGUUUGGAACAUCUGGCAGCCUUCCAGUCCUCAGAAAGUUUUAAUAUGUGACUCAGAGGUGACAUGUUGCUGCUUUAGUCCCAAUAAAACCACGUUAGUUUUUGCUGGAACAAUAGAUGGUUCAGUGUUGGUAUGGGAUCUUCGAGAAGACUCAAGAAUGCACCUUCAUAUGAUGAUGAGUGAAACAGACUGGACAUUUAGAGUUCCAACAUUUUCCACUGAUGGCAUUCUAAACUCAGUAAACCACACCUCUCCUAUACUGGCAGUGGAACCUGUCUCAACCUCUCUCUACAAUGAUCAGAAUUAUGGGCUCUCCAGCCUCUCCUAUCAGGAGGAAAUGUCAGCCCCUCCAUUUCAGAUAGCUUCCAUGGAUGAAAAUGGAAUCCUCAAUAUGUGGGUAGUUGUUGAAUUACAAAAAGCUGAUUUAGCUGGUUCACAAACUGAUUUAGGUUUAAUUCCUGGAGGGAAAGUGAAGCUAGUACAUAGCUCUACUACAGAAUUGAAUAACAGUCUUUUCCCAAAGGAUGUGCGCCAGAGGAUGCCCCAGACACUGAAUAUUAAAUUUCUGUCUUCUAAUCCUAAUCAUUUCAUUGUUGGAACAAACAUUGGACUGGUGGGCCAUGGUACCAGACACGAUUUAAAAGUUCUUCCAAAGCUAUUCAGACCUCAGGAGAGCGGUCUGAGAUCAAUAACCAUCAAUGCAAUUGAUUUCUUCCCUUUUGGAAAGUCACUAUUUUUGGUUGGCUGUUCAGAUGGAAGUAUUAGGUUACACCAAAUGACAUCAGAGUAUCCCCUCAUACAGUGGAAUGACAGCACAAAUGGCCAGCCAAUUAUAGCCCUGCAGUGGGCUAUAACAAGACCUGCUGUGUUCUUUGUCCUGGAUGCAUCAUCUAAUAUUUACAUUUGGAAUCUUCUGGAAAAUGAUUUGUUGCCAGUGGUAAAGCAGACUAUUCCAUCAGAGAAUAUUGUAACUAUGGCUCUACUGGGAGAACCAGAAAAAACAAACGGACUGUUAGGCAUUGCACUGGCCAAGGAGUCUGGACAGAUAGACAUUCAGUAUAUAAAGAAGAAGUGGGCAUUGCCUCAGCCUGAGGAAUCUGAAAAACUACAUGUCAUUUUAUUGCAGUAUUUUUAGAAACAGUACACCUAUAGAAAUUAUUGCCAAAUAUUUAGAUUAUUUUUGACUACAAUUAAAAGAUACGUAUUUUGUAAUUUUGUAUUU